UCAACAAAAAGAUAAAGAAAACAUUUUAAAUAGUCAAGUGAUAAAUAAAGUUCAGGAAUCUGAAUCUGAUAAAUCUCAAGUAAACCUAAUUACUGUAAUAGCAGUUAAUGAAAAUCAUGGACCAAAAAAUCCUAAAGCAGAAUUAAUUAUCACAACUAAGGAU